UUUCUCUUUCCGGAGUGAAUUACAAUUUUCACCAUAUGUUCACUCUGCCAUUAAGAAAUAAUUGCAGAAGCAGGAAGAAAACUUCGCAAUAAGUGUCAAUAAUUACGCUCCUUUUAGCCAGGAUUUACAAUAAUUGUAAUCAUUUCAUGGAUAUUCUAAUAUUAAUAGAAAAGUCCUUGUAUCCCAUCAUUCAUGACCUUAUCAUUGAUCAAUGAUAAGAGUCAUAAGGAUCUUGUCUCUUUGCACCACACAUUGCUGUUUGUUGAAAGCGAUUAUCGAUUAACUGAUAUUUGAGGAAUACGUAACCUAUCAAUGCCUGUCAGAAGGAGUUUGCUUGCGAUCUGGAAAAUACAAUCGAGAAACUAUUAUUUCAGCGUGAAGUCUUUCUUUACAUGGACAUCUGAUAGCGGACGUUUUGUACGCGCGAUUCGAAGCAGUAGUCAGCCAGACUGCAGCAAGAGCAAUACGUCAGUCAUGUCGAGCUUGAAGCGCGAUCAGCUGGGCCAACGAGGAAGCGGCGACGCGCAAUGCGCCGGUCUUUUGCGUGGCCUCGACCACAUACGGGAUCCACAGUUGAACAAGGGCAUGGCAUUCACUAUCGAGGAGAGACAAGUUCUAGGAGUACACGGUCUCUUGCCGGCGGCUGUGAAAACCCAAGACGAGCAACUAGAGCUCUGCCGCCUUAAUCUGGAGCGCUACACGGACGAUCUCUCGAAAUACAUAUAUCUCAUAGGCCUACUGGACAGAAACGAGAAGCUCUUCUACCGUUUGUUGGUAGAAGAUGUAAGUAAAAUGAUGCCGCUGGUGUACACGCCAACUGUGGGUCUGGCGUGUCAGAAAUUCGGUCUGGUUUAUCGCAGGCCGCGCGGUCUCUUUAUAAGCAUCCACGACAAAGGGCAUGUCUAUGACGUUCUGAAAAAUUGGCCCGAGCACGACGUACGGGCGAUCGUCGUCACGGACGGCGAGAGGAUAUUGGGACUGGGCGACCUGGGCGCCCACGGCAUGGGCAUUCCCGUAGGAAAGUUGUCGCUGUACACUGCACUGGCUGGCAUCAAGCCUAAUCAGUGCCUGCCUAUCACUUUGGACGUCGGCACUAAUACUCAGUCUUUAUUGGACGAUCCCCUGUACAUCGGUCACAGACACAAACGUGUCACCGGACUCGAGUACGACGAGUUCCUGGACGAAUUCAUGGAGGCCGUCGUGAAGCGAUACGGGCCGAACACGUUAAUUCAGUUCGAGGACUUUGGCAACGCUAACGCGUUUAGGCUGCUUAGGAAGUAUCGGGAUGAUUACUGCACGUUCAACGACGACAUUCAGGGCACCGCCUCCGUCGCCGUCUCCGGAUUGCUGGCGUCCCUUCGCGUCACGCAGACGAAGCUCUCGGAGAAUACGAUCGUGUUUCAAGGCGCCGGAGAGGCGUCGUUAGGUAUCGCGGCGCUAUGCGUGAUGGCGAUGCAAAAGGAGGGAGUGAGCGAAGAAGAGGCCAAGAGCAAAAUUUGGAUGGUGGACUCGAAAGGAUUGUUAGUGAAGGACCGACCGAAGGGUGGACUGACGGAACACAAAUUACGCUUUGCUCGCGAGGACGAACCAAUCGACACCCUGUUGGACGUAGUUAAAACAGCCAAGCCCUCGGUCAUCAUCGGCGCAGCCGCUGUCAGAGGUGCCUUCACGACGGAAAUAUUGAAGGAGAUGGCGCGGAACAACGAAACCCCUGUAAUUUUCGCUCUCAGCAAUCCAACGAGUAAGGCAGAGUGCACUGCUGAGGAAGCAUACAUCGCUACAGAGGGGAGAUGCGUAUUUGCAAGUGGCUCACCUUUCCCACCUGUUACGUAUAACGGCAAGACUUUCUAUCCUGGCCAGGGUAACAACAGUUACAUUUUCCCGGGAAUCGCGUUGGCCGUUAUAUGCGCCGGUAUGCGCACCAUUCCCGAAGAGACCUUCCUUAUUGCGGCGACGGCUCUCUCCGACUUGGUGUCGCAAGCCGAUUUGGACAGCGGAAAUCUCUAUCCGCCGUUGGAGGACAUACAGAAAUGCUCGAUGAGUAUAGCUUGCGCGGUCAUGAAAUAUGCUUACGAAAACUGCCUGGCGAGUGUCUACCCUCAGCCGAAGGAUUGCGAAAGUUUCAUUAAAGCGCAACUGUAUGAUACGAAUUAUAAAUCGUCCAUACCUCUGACUUACACAUGGCCGAAAUUGUAAUAUUUUUAUUCAUUUGACGAAGACUUAAUCUCGCACAUUUUAUCGGGGUCCAGGAAAGAAAGCACAUAAACGCGUUCUCGGGAAUUCUUGGAAACGAAUUUCACUUCUCGUAUUCCUCUCAAGCCUGUUGAUCGGGCUUAUUUUAUUUAAGGCACUUACGAAUGUACCUAAUUUAUAAGAAAAAAAAAAUAAAAAAUAUUAAAAUGCGACAGAAAAUUUAUAACGCAUAUAAGAAAUCGAUGUAAAAAUCGACAUAUUGGUUGAAUAGAAAAAAAAAUAGAUAUUGACACUGAA